CAAAGGAACGGUCAGUUUUCAGGCUUGCAAGGAGAGUGACUGGCAGGUGAGAAACAGGCAUUGCUUUCUCCGUAACGACCUCCUUUUCUCUCUCUCUCUCCUCUCGAACUAAGUCAAAAAAGACAAUCUUAACUCUCAAAUGACCCAAUUUUGACGAACCCAAAUCGCAAAUCUUAUUCCAAUCUCAUUCUACGACUAGAACUUUCAGACCACAAAUCUCAGUUUGUGAUAUGAGUCAUAGCCUUUCAUCUUCGUGUCCUCGAAAUUGUUGUUUUUGGUGGCCCUAUUGUUGUUGUACAUAGUGAUUGAUAAUAAUAGAUGUACUCGAGUAAUCUCAAGGGAUUUAUCUUGGCGGUCGUCUCCAGCGCCUUCAUUGGUUCCAGCUUCAUCAUCAAGAAAAAGGGUCUCCGAAGGGCAGGCGUAAAUGGCCCCGGUGCCAGUGUUGGAGGAUAUGGGUACCUUUUGGAGCCUCUGUGGUGGCUGGGAAUGGUUACAAUGAUUGUUGGAGAAAUUUUAAACUUUGUAGCGUAUGUUUAUGCCCCUGCUGUGCUUGUGACACCGCUUGGUGCACUGAGUAUUAUUGUUAGUGCUGUUUUAGCUCAUUUCUUGUUGAAAGAGAAGCUUCAGAAAAUGGGGAUGUUGGGCUGCCUUCUAUGUGUCGUAGGUUCUACAAUGAUUGUCCUUCAUGCUCCUCAAGAGCUUUCUCUGAACUCUGUGGAAGAAAUCUGGGAAUUGGCUAUUCAACCAGCAUUUCUUUUAUACACAGCCUCAGUGGUAGCACUGACAUUAGUGCUCAUUUUGUAUUGUUCUCCCCGCUAUGGCCAAACCAAUAUAAUGAUAUAUAUUGGGAUUUGCUCUGUGAUCGGAUCAUUAACUGUCAUGAGCAUAAAGGCCAUUGGCAUUUCUAUCAAACUUACAUUGGAGGGCAUAAACCAGCUGAUAUACUUUCAGACAUGGAUUUUUGCAAUGGUUGCCAUAACCUGUAUCAUUACUCAACUAAAUUAUCUUAACAUGGCAUUGGAUACUUUCAAUACGGCAAUUGUUUCUCCUAUCUAUUAUGCUAUGUUCACAUCUGCUACAAUAUUGGCCAGUGCUAUAAUGUUUAAGGAUUAUUCUGGUCAAAGUGCGAGCAGUAUAGCAUCAGAACUUUGUGGGCUUAUCACUGUAUUAUCUGGGACUGCUAUUUUGCACAGUACAAGAGAUCCAGAUCCACCAGUUAUUACAGACUUGUACACACCAUUAUCUCCAAAAGUAUCAUGGUGCAUUCAAGGGAAUGGGGAAUGGAAGCAGAAAGAUGAAGAUGGGACAUCUCCGAAUUUCUUCACGAUUCUACGACCUGACUAUUUCAAGUGAUUAACCUUUUGCUCGAGAGGCUUUGGACUUUGAUCUCUAUUGUUGCUUCUCAUCACCCCCAGCCUUUGAUUUCAUCAUAAAUUGUAUUAUUGGGGAGAAGAGAAGGUUCCGAGUCUGCAACGGGCUUGUUUGUGCUGCCAACAAUAACAUGCAGCUGGUAGAAAUGUCGGAUGGUCCGUGUCUACCUUUUUGGCAUUUUUGAAUUGAAUUUUUUGAGUUCCAUCCUGUGCAUUAGACAAUAGUCAAACCGCUAUUGUUUCAGGGAAAUGUUUGCCCUCCCCUGUGUCCUAAAUUUGCCAUAUUGUAUUUAAUUUCUUUUUGUAAAUUAAAGUGGUAUUUAAUGUUGUGUGGGCUGUACUAGUGAGUUGUCCAUGUAAUUUAAUUCUAAAGGAAAAUUUACUUGGGUAGUUGUAUUUUUUUUUUUAAUUUUAAUUUAGUUUGUCCUGUUCGGAAUUGAGAAUCA